GGUGGGUUUCCUCAGGCUCAGCAGGAUAUAAGCAGAAAGAGUAGUCAUCCAUUCCUCAGCAUUUUCUUUCUUAUUUUAAUGUCUAUUUUUGUGUGUCCUUCUCUGUUGUACUCCCCCUCCCCUUUCAUUCCUGCUGUCCAUUGUUCUGGAGACUUAAACUGCUGCAGAUGUUUCUAAAAAAAAACAUGGGAAACUUUCUCUCUCUUUUUUUUAACAAUACUGCCAUUUCUUUUUCAGUCACUCUCCUAAAAACAACAAAAUGACUGCUUUAUAUUUGCACCUCACAGUCUCUUGGAGAUCCGAUGAAUAUAUAUGUUUUAUUCAGGGGUUGCAUCCCAAACUGCUCUCCCAAGUGCAGAUUUUGCAUCUGCACUUUCCAUUCAGAUAUAUGCGGCAUAUAAAUAUAAUAUAAUAAAAGCUCUAUGAAUUAUAAAUUAGCAGUGUCAUGCAAAGUGCUUUAGCAAAUAGAAGAAAGCUUUCCAAAUGAAGUAUCCCUGCACUUAAUGAAAACCUUUUAGAACAGGUUUCUGUAUCUUAUACUCAAAAUCUCAUAUUUGUUUUCCACAUUUAUCAAUAACAUCACCAUUGCAUAACACGGAUUCCAUGUAUUAUAGUGUAAAUGGUAAAUGGACUGGUUCCUAUAUAGCCCCAUUCACACCAGCACAUUUUUCUAAGUGCUUUCUAGGUAACAUUCACACGCGUUCAUAUUCCGAUGGAUGUAUCAGAGAGCAAUUUGGGGUUAGUAUCUUGCCCAAGGAUAUUUGGCAUGCAGACUAGGGGAAGCCAGGAAUUGAACCACCAACCUUUCAAUCAGUAGAUGACCUGUUCUACCGCCUGAGCUACAGCCACCCUUGUACGAGUCAGCCAGUGUAUGUACGAGUUGAGGUGAUAGGGAGUAAAACUGACAGAACUCUCUGAUAUAGCUUCAACAGAUCCAAAGAGAACAGCAGUCUUUGGAUCCUGACAUAAAAACAGGAUCUGUAUCUGUAUAAGCAAAUGAGUUACAUGGAGUUAAGCAUCCCAGGUAUUCCAUGUGUGGCUGCAUCCCUGUGUGUAGGCAUCACAGCCCAGUUCUACAAACUUGUUACAUUGCAGCGCUUCAGUUUUACCCUAGAAAUACUACUACGGCUUCUGAUUGAAAUUACAAUCUAUAUACUAGAUAGUAAUCUGGUGAAUUAGCAUGGUAACCAGCUACCAGUUACCAAAUGCCACUUUGUACCAACAUUUUUUCCAACAUGGGAGGAAAACUAGCAAUUUUGAGAUUCUGUUUUUCUUUUUUACAGUCUAGUCCCUGUUAAAAGAUAGCCAGGGAAUAAAACGGUAAACACAGUGAGUUCACUACUGUGCUAGUCUGAUGUGAUUAGCUAAUUCAGCACGCUUCAGUUUUGGAAACCAAGAUACCAGUGAAAGUUAAUUACAAUACAAAUGAUUCCAACUGCAUUGCAUUGAUAGCUGUACCUGUUCUCCAAGGUGUUAUAGUCAUUUAUACCACCCAGGCAUUCGUGAAAAACUGGAUUUACAAGGUUGAAUUAGAAGAUACAGUUAAGCUAAUUAGCUCAUUUUAUUGGAUUGGUUGAAGAAAUAGAACUGCUAUUUCAUCAUUUUAUCACAAAUUGCAGAAUAACAGCAACGUCUUUUAGAGUAAUAUUUUUUUUUUGACUUUUAAGAAACAAUGACUAAAUGAAUUGGUAGAUUUUGUUCAUUAACUGUAUGUUUUUCUCAAAAUGGUCAGUGUGUAAGAAAGGAACGGAAAUUAUAGAGAACACAGCUAAAACAAUAUUUCAAGCAACAAUUUUCGACUUCAUUUAAAAAGAAAAAUUCAACAUCUUGUGGCAUAUUUGGUGAGAAAACCUGGAAAAAUUUACCUCCUUACUUGUGAGACAACUAUUGUUUCUCCAGAGUUAUCAGGUUUUCACAGCAAGCCCACAUCUUAAAAUCCACACAUUUAUUUUUGUUAGUCUUCUCCAUUCAAGAUUCUGUCUACACAGGCAACUGGUGCAGUGCUGCUGCUUGUGAUUUCAAUAAGGGGCAGCUAUUGUGGCAGUUUAGGUAUAGUUUGGGUUUUACUGUAAAAAUAUUUUAUCUGUAAUCGUUCAUAAUGUACACUUUAGGAAGAAUGGGCUGUUGAUAUGUUGUUUGCUUCAGGACUCAGAACAUCCAGCUGAUUUUAUGUGAAUAAAAACAUUGUGCCUCAAUUUGGGGGGGUUGCUAGUACACUUUCAUCUUGUAUUCCAUGUAUACUAUUUACUUAUUGCACAGAGUGUGAGUGUUGACUGAUUUAUCUGCAGGCCGACAGUAUCGGCCGAUAUUAACUAUAUAACAAUCAAACAAUCAAAUUAAAAAAGUAAAGAAGAGGCAGGAGAAACACCCUUCAACCAUGUUGAUUUUGCAUAGUUUAUCCACCAGAUGAUAUUCUGCAAAUUCCCUGUUGGCAAUGCAGAUGUUUGGAACACCGCAAACACAAAAAAACACAAAACAGCAUCGACAGAUUUAUGAGAAUAUCUGAUUUUUACAUUGCCAAAUAUCGAUACUGGUAUCAAUCCUUAAAAUUCUACAUUCAUCAUGCUUAUUAGACCAUGUAUUAUUCUGUGCAACAGCUAUGGUGACAUCUAAACAGCAAACCAAUCCACAGACAUCAGUGUCUUAAAAAAAAAAGAUAAACGUAGCUAGCUAACAUUUAUAUUACCAUCUGCAGUAUAUUCCUCCUUCUGGACAAAAAUUGCUUGCUGCUUCCUCCUCUUCUGCUACGCAGCAAGGAUUGCAAAUACUGAGAAUGAGAAGUGCGCAUCAUUCUCCACUCGACUUUUUGACAGCUCCAGGUCCACCACGCAGCUGUGAGCUGAGUGAUUGACAGGACCGACGACAUGGGGAAGCAGAACAGCAAGCUCCGCCCUGAGGUGAUGCAGGACCUGCUGGAGAGCACCGACUUCACCGAGCACGAGAUCCAGGAGUGGUACAAGGGCUUCCUCAGGGACUGCCCCAGCGGGAACCUCUCCAUGGAGGAGUUCAAGAAGAUCUACGGUAACUUCUUCCCCUACGGAGACGCUUCAAAGUUCGCCGAACACGUCUUCCGCACGUUCGACGCUAACGGGGAUGGGACAAUAGACUUUCGGGAGUUUAUCAUCGCGCUGAGUGUGACGUCGCGCGGCAAGCUGGAGCAGAAGCUGAAAUGGGCCUUCAGUAUGUACGACCUGGACGGGAACGGGUACAUCAGUAAAGCUGAGAUGCUGGAGAUUGUGCAGGCGAUAUAUAAGAUGGUGUCGUCCGUGAUGAAGAUGCCCGAGGAUGAGUCGACACCUGAGAAGAGGACAGAGAAGAUCUUCAGGCAGAUGGACACCAACAGAGACGGCAAACUGUCUCUGGAAGAGUUCAUCAAAGGAGCAAAGAGCGACCCCUCCAUCGUGCGCCUGUUGCAGUGUGACCCCAGCAGUGCUGGACAGUUCUAAAUCUGAGGCAUCGACACAACCUUGCUUCUUUGGGGUGCUAAAUGCCCACAACUCUCCACUGUGGAGAGUCUGAUGAUGAAGAUUGACAGGAUGAUGAGGAUGAAGAAGACAGGCCUUUCAAUGUGCACUGAGGACUUUCACACAGGAGAUGGCCACAGGGGCUACACUCUCCAAUUUCCCAGCCCUCCCACACCCCUCCGUCAAGCCGUUUAUCCGAAACCCUCCGAACUCCAACUAAGACUGAUGUCCCAUCAGGUUAUUAAACCCCACUGAUUGUAAUUGCAUUCCUCAGUUCUCCUAUAGGCAUUUCCAAGUUUAAAGAAGGUUUACAGUAGGUUGUACAUACGCAGUAUAAACUGGAGUCUCUGUAUCAGUGUCUUUGCUUGACUCUCUGUAACCCCCCAGGCUCCGGCCAGGGCCGCACAGAGCCUCCAUCACUCUAACUUGUAUAAUAGACAGAGUGUGCACAAGACCACGAGAGAGAUGAUGGUGUUUAGUACUGUAGGCAAGAUCAUUUUUAUCUGCAGAGAAGACCUGUGAAGUUUGUCCUUCACUCGGAACGAGUACCGCUUUCCUCUUUUCUACUGUGAGAGUGUGUACGUGUGUUUGUGUAUUUUUUUUUUUUUUUUUGCAGACUUGAUAGACUUUGUUUCAUAUUUUGUGCUGGGCCAACAAGAACAUGUGAUAUUACGCUACUAUGCAUAAGCACCCUGAUCAGUAGUUUUCAUUUUGUGAGGUCUCGCUGAAGGAUAGAAAGCGUCCCUCUGCUCCGUUGUCUGUGUUUCGCAGCGGCAACGCAGAGGCCGUCACCGCGCGCUAGCUUAAGGCAGAAAUAGAAAAGUAGUCUUAACAAGUAUUUGAGUACCGUGUAGAUAUUUUAAAGUGCAUCUCUACAUUUGUAUAGCAAACCCAUGUAGUCCAGAGCGCUCAGUGCUCAAUGAACAAACGUCGUGAAAUAAUAAUAAUAAUUUUUUUUUUAAAUCUUUGUUUAUUUAAGCUGUGGCGAGAUAUCGAGCAUGCAAACCUUUUUUUCUUUUAAUUGCGUGAAGAACAAAACCGCUUUUUCUUCACUUUUGAUGUUUUUAAAGGCAGCAUGUUGAACCAGUUGUCGGGUACGGGGGGGGUAGACUAACAUAGCACAUAUGCAUGUGACUUACACGCAUGUGUGUGUUCUUAGUGUGUGUUUAUGGAUAUCAAACAAGACGGUAGCGCUAUUCAGCCCUGUGCUCGCUUCUGUGUCGUCAGUGUUAUUGACCGAGUGUGGAUCGACAAAGCUGACGCGUCUGUAGGUUUACAGAAGAAGCUCUUUAGGUUGACUUCCCUGCACAACAUCAGUGAGGCAACUGUAAACAAGCACUAAGCUAUCAGAGCUGAGAGCUCCAUCAUUAAAUCACCAUCCAAUCGUGUCUCCAACACGGCGCCACGUGACACACCGUGAGCAGCGGCCCCACAGUCUCACACGCAGGAUAAAUAUCAUAAUUUCAAUCCGUGCUCCUCUCCUUUGUCUCUCUAUUCUUCACUCUGCUUUCAAAGAAAACCUGAAAAGAGAAAAACCAAACUUCUCCACCCCUGAAUGUAACCCCGCCCUCCUCCAGGCCCCAGCCGAGCCAUUUCAGUAACUGCAACAUGUUCCAAUUAGAAAAAGCUAAUAACUGCUGUUUGGUUUUUUUAUGUAAAGAGAAAAAAGAUGCAUAGCAACAAACAGAAUCACAACUACUGCAAUGAUACUGUCAUAAUGUGUCACAUUUAUUAUUUUUUUAUGAUUUUUUUUUUUUUUUUAAGAAAAACGCUGUCAUGUGGAUCGUUUCUGUUAAAAUGUAAAGAAAGCAUCUUGUGGUCAAGUGCCAAAUAAAAUUAAAAAAAAACAGUAUUGUAUAAAUUUAUACUGUACAAUUGUUCAGCGUUGAACAAAAUGUUUGUAAUUGUUGCAUUUUGUAGGUUUUGUAUGGUAUAUUGUAUUUAGUGACUACAGAUUUGGAACACAGGAUUCUGUUUUCUUCUUUUGGGGUCAAAUUCAAAGGCAAGAAUUAAAUUUACAAUAUAUUGUGUGCAAGUAAUCAUGUGGUGUUUGCUUAAUUGUGGAAUAUUGUGGAAUUAGAUGAUUAAAGACAAACUGCUAGCUGUGUA